AUGUUUUUUGGAUAUAAUUCAGCUCCUAAUUCUAACAUUUCUUAGACUCAAAGCAUUCUCCACGAGUCACAAGUGCUUUCACUAUAGAGGGAAAGCGAAAAUUACAUAAGAAAGGUAGAGCAAGACAAAAAACAUCAUUAUAAUAUUGAAGAAACUUGGGUGACAACCAAAAAAGAAUGGUAACAAAAGAAAGAACAAAUUAAAAAAAUCUAACAUGAUUAAACAUUGCCAGCUGCUAAGCAAUAAUUAAAUAAAAUAAAAAAUUUAUAAAAUGCUUUAGAAUAAUCAAUACUUAAAUACAACGAAUCGUAAACCAAUAAUUUAGAGUUGAAAAAGUAGAUCAAUAUGUUGAGAAAGGAAAGACAUCAAUACAUAAAUAUUCAUUAAGACCUAGAGGAAGAAUUAUUGAAAAUAGAUGAUGAAACUGAAGCAAAUGAGGCAUAUCGUAAUUCAAAUGAAAUAUAAGCUCAAAAAAAGAAGGAAACUAUUGCUGAAAUGAAGAAAAAAAAUGAUUAUGAAAAAGAGAAAUAUGUGGAGUAGUUUGACAGAUUGAAAAAAGAAGUUAUGGAAGAGAAAAAAAAGCAUGACUUAGAUAAUUUAGGAUUAAAGAAAGAGAAGGCUGCAAAUAUUGAUACGGCUUCUACUUUAAAACUAAGAUUAAAAAAAUUGAUAUCUAAUAAUAAGGAAAAAGUUAAAUUAAUCGAUACUUAUUGGAAGAACAUGAAAGUUAUUGAGGAUGCUUUCAAUCAAAUCAAAGAAGCCUCAGGUAUCUAAGAUAUUGAAGAAAUUAUGAACACAUUUAUUAAGAGCGAAGAGUAGAACUAUUCACUAUAUAAUUAUGUGGACAUCCUAUCUUAAUAAAUUGAUCAAUUAUAAGAUUAAAAUCAAGAUUUAAAAAAAAAAAUAGAUUCUCAAAGAGUUGAAAAUGAAAGCAAAAAGAGAUUGCUCAUGGCAACUCCCUAGGCAGAGAGACACAGAAAAAAAAAUGAUUUAAUCAUCAAAAAGAGACAGGAAGAAAUCAAUACUCUCAGAAAACAAAUGGAAGAAAUUGCUCCUACUUUAAAGGAUGCUUUAAUCGAAUUAUCUUAAACAUAAUUGGCAUCUGAUCCAACUGCACAUUUAGAUUAUAAAUUGUCAUUUAAUCUUAACGAAAGUUCUUUAGAGAAGUAUUUAUAGGAUCUUGAAAGAUUUAUCGAUCUUGCUGUUGCUAAAGAAAAGAUUGCAUAAAACUAAAGCAUUGCUCAAAGUACCCUACUUUUAGAUGAAAUCCCCCUCAAAGAAUUUAAAGGAUCCAAUAAAUAAUUUAAUGAUGAUGAGUUGCUGAAAUAAGAAUCAUAGUAACAACAAUACAAUAAAUUAUUGACUCAAAAAGCUUUGAGAGAUAUGGCCGUGGAAAGCUUAAAGAAAAAAAAGUGA